GAUAAAAAAAAAAAAAAAAAAAUCUGGAGAAAUGAGUUCAAUCAGUCCUCCAAAAGGAUGUGGGUCCAACAUCAGCUCCAUAUAUUACAAACUGUGCGACCUGACCACGCUGUGGGGCGUCGUGGUCGAGGCUGUGGCCGCUGCCGGUGUGGUGACCUCCUUCAUUCUGUUCAUCAUUCUCAUGGCCUCGUUACCAUUUGUGACAGACAAGAAGAGGAAGGGCAUGGUGGCUCUGCAGGCCAGCAUUUUAGUCUUCACGCUGGCGCUCUUUGGACUCACCUUUGCCUUUAUCGUGGAUCAGUACCCUACAAGCUGUGCUGCUCGGAGGUUCUUAUUUGGAGUACUGUUCUCCGGCUGCCUGGCCUGCUUGGUGAUGCAUGGGCUGUGGCUUGUCCUGCUGAAGCGGAGCGGCCGGGGGCCAAGGAGCUGGCUGCUGUGGCUGGGAGCUCUGGGUCUCUGGCUUGUUGAGGUGAUCAUCAACACCGAAUGGCUUGUCCUCACCGUGGUCUGGAGCCCACCAGGACAAACGGUUGUCCCUGACCUCUCCUGCAGCAUUGCCAACGAGGACUUUGUACUGGCCCUCAUUUACGUGAUGGUUCUGAUGGUGGGCGUUGUGUUCAUGGCUUCUCCCUCGCUAUCACACAAGCACAAGCAGUGGCGCCGAGACGGUGCUUUCAUCCUUGUCACAGGACUCUUUACCAUAGCUAUCUGGGUUGCCUGGAUCACCAUGUACAUCCGUGGAAACAGAGUGGCCGGUGAUCCCAGCUGGGAUGAUCCUACCCUGGCUGUCACCGUGGCUUCGAAUGCCUGGGUGUUCCUCUUCUUCUACAUAAUUCCAGAAAUCUGCUUACUGACACAAGCAGACCCAGACCUUGAGGAGCCCCACGACGGAGGGCACGUUUAUCCGGCAAGAAGCCUAACGUAUGACACCAUCCUGAAGGAGCCAGAGCCAGCGCCCCAGAACCUGUACAUAGAGAAUAAGGCGUUCAAUAUGGAUGAAUCACCAGCAGCAGAACCCACGAAUCCAACAUCUCCGUAUGCCAUCUACAACGGUCAGCCUCGAAGCUGUUUGUACCAGCCAACAGAACUAGCCCUUAUUAGUAAAGGAUUCACAAUGAACGACCAAGGCAGGAUGAUACCUCGGGCCAGAGCCCCGUCUUUGACUGUGGGAAGUGGCCGGAGCUCCUUGUCUCAUUCAGUGGAGUCGCUGGCUUCCGAGGGACUCGCAUAGAUUUCAUGCUUUCUUUUUCUCUCCUUGGAAGAUCCUUUAACAUUCAAGCAAUACCCAGUAAGAUCAGAAAUAGAUCCUCUUGCAGAGCAUUUCUAGAACGUCUAAUGCUGGUCCUUUCUAUGCCACAGUGGCAUUUACACGGAAAAUGAUUCUGUCAAAGCUACAUCAAACAAAGAUUUACAUAUGAAAA